CUUUUUUCUCUACAGCGUUAGGGUUUUGUCUCGAUCGCAGUUUCUUCCGUACUUUCUAGCAAAACCCUUCGACGGUUACUGAUCGGUGGAUCAAGUAUGGACAAAAGCAUGUUAGCGGAUCUGGAAUCGCUUCCUGAGGCGGAUAGGCAAAGAAUGUCUGCCAUGAUGGAACAGCUCCAAAUCCGUGAUAGUCUGAGAAUGUAUAAUUCACUUGUUGAGAGAUGCUUUACUGAUUGUGUUGACACAUUUAAGCAUAAAUCCCUGCAAAAGCAAGAGGAAUCCUGUGUUCGAAGAUGUGCAGAGAAAUUUCUGAAGCAUUCUAUGCGGGUUGGCAUGAGGUUUGCCGAGCUCAACCAAGGAGCUGCAACUCAAGAUUGAUGUCUGUCAACUUCUUUAAAUGGAUAACUGUUUAUCAUUAUUUUGAAUGCACUUUACUUACAUUUUUGGUCUUGAGAAAUGAGAUACUGUAGAGAACACUAAUUUGCUAUUAGUACGCAACAAUCCUUGUUAAAUAAAUUUGUGGUUAUACAAUCACAGUGCUUUGGAAUCC